AUCUCUCUUGCAUUCCCAGCUCGCAACUGGCUCCUUUUAGUUUUCCAAGUCUUCCAAUUACAGUUUACGCUGGCUCAAUGGUGGUCAGAACUGCGUGCGUCGCCACAUCUCACAAGCCCCCAAAUUUCUCUUGAUCCACAUUUCGAUAGCCAGAUUUUAAAAUUUCUCUUAUAUUCAUCUCUCUCUCCAUGAUGCCCAAUUGGACCUAAUCCGGUCCAUGUCAAUCCAUUUCCAUUAAUUUUAACUUGUUCCAAAGCUUCAUUGACCUUUAUCCACUAGCAUUUAUAUAUAUUCAUCAAAUAUCAGUUGUAGGUGAAUUUUUCAAGGGUAUUUUGGUAAUCUAAACUGGUCUCCUGCCCCUAUAAAUUGAACCCGGCCUUGCCCCCUCUUCCCUGCAAAAACUAAACAAUGGGGAGGUCAGCUGUAUCGUGUUGCAUGCUGGUGUUCUUAUUCGCCUGUGCGUUCUUUGGCGGUGCCACCGCCCAGAGCGCUUCCAACGUCCGAGCUACCUACCAUUUCUACAAUCCUGCGCAGAACCGCUGGGACCUCAACGCUGUCAGCGCCUACUGCGCCACGUGGGAUGCCAACAAGCCGCUUGCGUGGCGCCAGAAGUACGGCUGGACCGCCUUUUGCGGGCCCGUCGGCCCUCGUGGCCAAGCUUCCUGCGGAAAGUGCUUAAGGGUGACAAAUACCGAGACAGGAGCGCAAGCAACAGUGAGGAUUGUUGAUCAGUGCAGCAAUGGAGGGCUUGACUUGGAUGAGGGAGUGUUUCGAAAAAUAGACACCAAUGGAAAAGGAUAUGCCCAGGGCCAUCUCAUGGUGAACUACAACUUUGUGAACUGUGGUGAUUGAAGUAGUGUUGAUGCUUGUUCAUUGCCAUCGCAUAGUGGUUGAUAAAUAUUUUCAUGAGUCAUAAAUAACGAGCAAGACUAGAGACAAGAAGGUCGAUGUUUAUCAAUGUUGACUUUUGUAGACUUGUUAAAGAAAUAAUGAAUAAUAAUAAUAAUCAUAUAUAUGCAUUUUAAUCGAAGCUAA